AUGCCAGGUACCGACUCACCGAGCAGGGCAGAAGGCCGAGCCGAGCGGCGCCCUGGACAGCGCCUCCGACAGGAGCGUGCAUCAGGUACUCAAGGCUCAAGGCGCUGUGGCCUAUGGAAAGUAUCCCAUCGGGCCUGGGACAGUCUAAAGGUUUCACAAUGCGUUUCAAAACAUGGGCUCAGCCCCCUUUUAGAAAGCGAUCGAUCGGUGAAACACCGACGACCAUCUUCGGCGAUAAACAAUCAAUCAGCCGUGCACCUUUCAAAAAAUAAAAGAGCACGCAGUACUUUCGCGAUUGAAAAAAUAACUAUUCAAGGCGCACUUGCUCCGCCUCACCUAAAUUCUGGAGGGUUAUUAGAGACACAGCUACGGCGACGCGAUGUUCGCAACCACACGCGCAAACGCGGUCGCCGGGGUCCCGGGGCCCGGCCGACGCCGGGCGAGGACUCCGAAGUCAACAAGGCUGGGGACGCCCCCCGGCUGGCUCCGCCCCCUGCUGGAUGGCUCCGCCCCAACCCAAGCAACGCGAGGUCUCGACUGCGCGGGGCCACUGCGGAGGGAGGAGAUCCCGCGAGAGUUAGCCCUCCCUCCCCCCACUCCCAGGUGUCCGCCUCCUUCCCCUGGAGCGACCAGUUGAAUGGUGCUGGUGGCUCUGCUGCUGGUCUCGGCCGUGCGCCUGGGCAAGCUUUCCCGCGUAUCGGGGCGUUUGGAAGUGCUUUCUGGACGCGGAGGCGGCCCCGCGGGGUAACCCUACAAUGGCGUGUGCAGAGAGUGCUCACGGGCUCCGCCGAAGUGCCCAGGUGUGGCCUCCUAGGGGCCAGAAUGGUCCCCCGCGGCCGCCGUCGGCGUCCCCACUCCCCCUGCACGGCGCAGCCUCGCCUCGGGAGGGAGGGGGCCCGCGCUCGGGCUGAGCUGCGCAUGCGUGCGACGCCAGGGGCCUCGUGCCCAGCGGGGUCCUCGUCCUCGUCCUGCCGGGCGGCCGCGGCCGGUCCCAGAGGGGAGCUUGCUGGGAAAGGACGCGAGGUGGAGAAAAGAAGAACCGGGCUGGCCGGGCGCGGUGGGAAAGCGUUGUCGGUCGGAUACAUCAUCAGCAAGCAUGACGUGAACCACAAACUGUGCCUAAUGAGUACUGGCUGCAAAUGCAUGCAACAAUCAAAAAUCAUUCCUGGGUCGGGGGCUAAAGAAAAACACUUGUACUGCUGAUGUCUGACGGGGUGCCGAAAUGAACAGUUAAUGCUUACAAUUUUUUAUGUUCUGGUCGACAUC